AUGACAAUCAAUGCAUUGUCGGCAUCAACAAUUCACCUCUUAGGUUCUUCUCAGGUUCUUACCACACCUGCAUCUCUCAUUAAAGAGCUCAUUGACAAUGCCCUUGAUGCCAAAGCUACGUGUAUUGAUAUUCUUAUUUCUCAAAAUACCAUUGAUAAGAUAGAAGUCCGCGAUAAUGGAGAUGGUAUUCAGCUCGAUGAUCUCGAUGCGUUGGGGAGGCGGGGUCACACUUCUAAGUUGAGAACCUUCACGGAGCUCAGGAAUCUAGGUGGCAGAAGUCUGGGAUUCCGAGGGGAGGCACUGGCAUCUGCUUGCCAACUUGGAGAUGUUUCAAUAACUACAAAGACGGAUGGCCAGCCAGUUGGAACGCGUGUAAAAUUGAAGGCUAUGGGUGGAAUUCAAUCACAAUCUCGAACUUCCCAUCCUAUUGGAACAACAGUCUGUGUAAUGAACUUCAUGUCGAAGUUACCUGUUAGGAAACAAACAGCCUUGAAAGAAGCACCAAAGACGAUUGGUAAAAUUCAAGAGCUGGUAAAGAGGUAUGCUCUAGCACGAGUUUCAAUCAAGCUUACCUUCAAAAUUGUAAAGGGUUCCAAGGGUGCAUGGUCUUACGCACCUCGUCCACAUGGUGGUAUCAAAGAUUCAGUGUCUCUUAUUAUUGGCCGAGACGCUGCCUUGCAAUGCUCUGAAACGUCAAUGCUAUUUUCUGAUUUGCCUGACCACGAGGGCUUGAAUGUUCUUGCUGGUGUUGGUACUGCAAACGAGGUGGCAGCUUCUCAUUUUUGCCUUAAAGCUUUCCUCCCCCGAAAUGAUGCAGACCUAAAUAAGUUAGGAAAGGGACAAUAUUUAUCAGUUGAUUCCAGGCCAGUAGCAUCUGAGAGGGGGACCAUGAAGAAGAUCAUAACCAUUUUUAAGAAAUAUGUCCGAAGUGCGUUAACGGCGGAGUCUUCUUCAGAGAAAAUCAAGAAUCCCUUUAUACGUCUCAACAUUGUCUGCCCUGAAGCAAGUUAUGAUCCCAAUGUUGAACCAGCUAAGGAUGACAUCAUUUUCGAGAACGAGAAGCUUGUGCUGGAAGCGGCAGAGAAGAUGUUCAAGAAUUUUUAUGGAGAGUGCGACACGGUCAUAUCUAGACUAGCAAAGAACAGCAUUGAGACUGAUUCCGCUGGAUUUGAUAUCCUUCUUGCCCGAAGCACUCGGCAGGAUUUCCCAACACCAUCAGCUAUUGUCGGCGCACCAUUGACACUCAAAGACACUCAUUUCGUCACUAGCUCCAAUUCAAACAUUAUGUCCAAUGUUGGCCCCGUUAUUACUAACGAUGCCUCCAGCAUAGCAGAGUCCGAGAACAGUGAGGUGUCCGAGGAAUCAAGCGCCCUUGGGAUGAAUCGAAAAUGGGGAUGUGACAUGUCUCAGGACUACACAGAAUACACAGAUGGUUUCUGUCAUCAAGCUUCUGUUAAUCAUAUGCAGAAGCAAUAUGGCUUGAAUAGCAAUGGGCAGCCUGUUUCCACGGAUUUGAAUCCUUGGGUCAUUGCUAAAAUGACCGCUCCAAUCCAAGAUGAAACUGCCACACGUUCGAGCAAUAUCAACACAAAUUCAAGCUCGAAUAUAUUGCUGAAUUCGAUUGAGGACGAUUCUCUUCAAGUCAUGUCACCACAGCGUGUUACUGCUGCUGCUGCUCCAUCUCCGCAAAUCCGACGCAUUGACAAACCCAACGCCAGCCUAGCAGAUAUUUUACAGUCGCACUCCAACUUUAGGCGCCAUGUCCAUGAAAGCCGUAUGCAAUCUGCUGAUUUUACAGAUUCGAUGACCGAGAAUGAUUUGCCCCCUUUUAUCGUACAAGGAGAGGCAUGUGACCCGCCUACUACCGCCGCGAUUUCAGAUCCGGAAACACAGCAGACGAACCCUGAGUUGGAUUGGGCUAUGGACUUCGAACACAGAAAAGAGGACGCUAUCCGCCGCCGAAGAGAUGAACUUCAAGCUAUGCGAGAUACAUUUCGGCAGCCAUCCGCUAUGGACCAAGCCUCUUCCCGACAAUCUCCUCACAAGAAUCGUUACAAUGCUGCUUUGGCCAGCCUUGAAAGACCCACAGAGAAUUUAGAAGAGUUUUCUCCCGAGACGAACAGUAGCGGAGUGAAGACCUCCCUUCCAGAUAGCGAUCCUCGGGGCUAUUUUAUGAAGAGACAAAGAUCCUUUUCUGUUCUAUCUAGCAUCACAGGAGGCCCUCGGAAGUUGAAGCGGGCUCAAAUUUUACGCCUUCCCCUAGAAUCGAUACCUGCAGACUUAGAAAUUCAUAGAAUUGUCCAAAUUGUCCCUAGUGGUAUUCAGAGUAUCUCAAAUCUUGUCAUGGAGACAUCAAAGCAGGACACUUAUGUUUGCCAGGGAGUACAAGCCAUCGGCCUUGAGAUGACGGCUACAGAUAGGGAGGCUGUAGGAAAGCAAUUGUAUCAAGUGGUUGAGGCAUGGAUGAAUUCAGGACGAGGAGAGAAGUGUGAUGUCGAGUUUGUAUUUGGUGGGCUGGAUUCGCUUCAUGGUGCUUGA